CUUCACGACACGUUACAGAAGAGUGCCUAUAUGCACUGGUGAAUGUAAAUAUGUACUUUAACUCAAUUGCUGCUCGAUUAUUUUUUUUACUUUUGGGCGACCCGUACAUGCUGCGUUCAAGCAAUCAUGGCAGAGUGGGAAAAAACAAACAAACACCAGACUUGAGGGAUUUCUGAGUCCGCUAAUCUUGCAGUCACAGAUGAAAAACAACCUAAAUUUGCUCUUUUUGGUCGUAUUUUUAGAAUGUCGUCUCCAAAUGAAACAGAUACAAAUGAGCAGUUAAUAGCUUUUAUACUAUUUGCUGAAUAUAGUAUUAGUGGUAAGCAAAAAUUAAAUAUAAAUUUAACUGCCAGUGACAGUGUAUUUAUAGUCACUCUGCAUAAUGUUUGUUGACACGUAUGUAUGUCUGUUGUAACUAAGUGGGAUACAACGUCGGUGUCAGAAAUUCAAUGUCUAGACAUGCUCCUCAUUCCGAUUUAAACGAUAUGACAUGAACGCAGCCUUAAACCUACUUCCGCUUGGUUGCGCUCUGUUGUUGUCAUGGCGGCGGUUCAAACUGUUGUCAAAGCUCGCAAUAACAUUUAGCCAUAUACUAUGUUUGAAUUAACAAGCAAAUAGCGAAGUUUUAUGCAUUGCGAAUUGUAUAAUCCAUACAUAGACUCGUAAGCGAAGUCGAAAUGGUAGAAUUGAGGAUUUUUGCAUUAACCCGAUGUUGGCAAACUUCAAUUCAAAAGCCUAGCUAGCUUACUAAUGCUAAUUCCCGUCAGCAUUACACACGGUACCGUGUUACGUUGAGGGAACUCGGCGCUGUUUUUUUACCGUCAUGACUGCACAGUUGUUGCAAACUGAUCAAAGGAAAGACUGGGUGGUUUUAGGUCCAAACCGAGACCGCGGCGAUUUACCCACUGGGAUGUCGGAUACCAAGCUACUGUUCAAUGAAGCCAUUCCCGCAAGUGCCAGGAACCGUGCUACCCGCAUCCACCCGCCAGUCCCCAUUGUGAUUGAGAGGCUGCUGCCACUGUACGAGAGGCCUGAGGAUGUGGACAGCACCAGGAGCUCCAUCAGCUUCACCGCGCUCUCCGAGGAGAGGCUACAGGCUGCCGUUAAACUCGCCAGGCAAGAUCUGAGACGCAGGCGUCUUGAGCCAUUGAUAAAAUCUCCUGCCAGACCUUCUGAAGAGGCCUCCUUCCUUGAAACAAGUGAUGUAGAAAUGCUUCAGGAGCUUGCAGCCACUCCAAAUAAGGUGAAGUUAAAGUCUUCCAGUCCAAAAGAGAAAAUGUCCCGUCCUGCAAAACAAACACCCCAGAAGCGUGCCCCAAUGCCUUGGGUUGGCCAGUCACCCCCAACCAGAGACCCUGGCCCAAAGCCACAGGAAGAAGGAAAACUGGCUCCUUUAAGCCUGGAAAUCUACAAGCUGCAAUAUGAGCUAGACGUGUAUAUGCAAAAAGUAGAACAGCUUUCCAACAGAGGGGAAAAAAUGGAAGAGCCACUGGAGCCGGAAGAGAAACACAAGUUGGAGAUGCGCAGGCAGAAGCAGGCAGCCCGCUCUGCACAAAUGAUCUAUGUUCUCCAGCAGCAGGUUAAAAAGAUAAAAGAAGACAUAGAGAACCUACAAAGCCAGAAAUCAUGGGACACCAAAAAGUCCACUGCAAUAAAGAGACUCGCAGCUGCCCACCGUGGUACACAGAAGGCCUUACGAGAUAUUAUCCACCAGCUUUCAGAUCUAUCUCUAAGAAAGAUGCCUCCUCAGUACAAAGAGCUGGGCCAGCUGAUUCGCCAGCUCUCUUUGUGUUCAGCUAAGGUUGAGGUGGACCAGGGUUCAGCUGUGCCUGGGACGGCCCUCAACAUCCUGCAGAAACUCGAGAUGUUGGAUUCUGCCCUCAGUAAACAAGAGACGCUUGAAAGAGUGCAAGCCCAAACAGGCCCUCCACACAAAAAGUCUCCUCAUCGCAGCAUGUCGCCCUCUAGUGCCCUCAAGGGUCCCAGCACCUCAAAUGUUCAGGGACCUCACAAACGCACAAAUCCCAAAAGAGGUGUCAGUGCAGGUAGGAGAAUGGCCUCACAGAAACCUAGAACUAUCUCUCACCAGCCCAUGAGUAGAAGAGAGGUGCUGGGGACCGGCCUGGAGGUCCUCGCCCAGCCGAGCAGGCCCAGAGAGCGGCAGAGACCACCUCCGACAAACACAAACAGAAAAGGACUACACUCUGAGAGGGGAAAGGCUGACGUCAUAUCGAGGCGCGAUCAGAUGCGAGAUGCAGGCUUCCAGCACCCUACAGUCUCCUCUCGGCUCAGAGUGAAUGAGCUCCCUCAGAAAGAGCUCUCUGUGCCCUGGAUGCCUACGUCCCCUCACUCUCCUCCUCAGCAACGAUCCCCUCAAACGGGAAGACCAGAGCCUCGAUGUCUCUUCUCUCCAUUGAAGCCCGCAGAGAACCCUCCAAUGCCGAAUUCUGCGGCUGGUGGUUUUGGAGCGGAGCCCGUCUUGAGUUCAGAAAAGAAGAAACAAGCUCAGAAUGAAGCAUUAAGGACUGCCUGGUUGGAUAAGAUGACGACGCAGAGACUGAAAGAGCUCAAUCAGCUGAGUAAAGAAGAGACUGAACGCAUUCAGAGAUUAAGGUCUGAAGUGGUCUCGCCAACUCAGUGGGCUGAGAGAGCUGAGCAGAAGGCCCGAGAGAGAAUCCAGCCCCUUCUGGAUGAAGCACAGCAGAUUGGCAAGUCCAGGAGCAGGAUCAGCUCCUUGCUGAGAAAUCAGCUGUCUGUGCAGGCUGCAGACAGGACAGCAGAGACUGCCGAGCAGCUGAGUGAGGACCUCCUGGAAGUUCUGGUCGAGGACACUGCGCGGGCGGCGUGGGCAGCUGAGACAGACUGGCGGCUGGAGGGCUUGGACCAGAGUAGGCUGCCAGCUCCCACCCUGGAGAGUAUCCUGCUUCGUAUGGAGGAGAUGCAGAGGGAUCAGGAGGAGGUGAGGAGACGCAUUGCUUCUGUCACCUAUUCAGACCCUCUUUACUGGGACCAACCUGGAGCAGCAGGACAUCAGUGCCAUGCCCCGGGCUCCAGGCCAGCCUCUCCUCAGCCAAUUAGGCUUACCAGGCCAGUGCUGAUCCUACCCUCCGCACCUGAUAUUGUGCUAGAAAAACCUGUGGAGACCGGAAACAGUUUCAUGUCUGAGGACAGCGUAACGCCGCAGGCAUCACAAGAGGAGCAGCAGCCAGGACCCAGUACGGUGUUCCCGGGCCCCGUGAAUAGAAGCAGGGGGACUGUGAUCUCUGUGUCGGGGAGUAUGCUGAGAAACAUAAGGCGGUACCGGGAAGACUACGAUGCCUACCUGCGAGUUGUGGCUCACGAGACCGUCGGCAGCUUCAACCCCUGGGCCGUCGCAAACAGUCUGGCAGAGGAGUUGCUGUCGGAGGCUGUGGCUGACGUGGCUGCAGAGUUUCAGGAUGUUGUGGAGGAGUACGCCGAGGCCGUCUUCACCUCAGAGUUUCUUCAGCCAAUCCUGUCACAUCCAGCUCCAGCCCCAGCUCUGGUCAGCCAAUAGGAUGUGACGAGCAUCAAGGAUGGGGCAGUUUCUUGCGGUUUACUGUAAUAUUUAUUUAUUUUGGUGGACAAUCUGCAGUUGCAGACCAGGUCUUUUUUUUCUACAUUUUUGCAAGUUUCAAAUGCAGAUAUUUCAUUUUGGAAUGAAACUCUUCUUUGAUGUGACAACAUCAAUGGCUUUAUUUAACGGGGAUUGUAUAUAUCUUUUUUAAUGACACCGCAGCAGAUGAGAUCAGUGAAUUGCACAUGAAGCAUUAGUCACAUUACUCUUCAGGGUCCAUCUCUAUCUGCUGUUGAAUUCCUCUGGGAAUGUUAGUUUAGUUUUGAUAAGCUUGGAGAGACCAUCAUGACAUUACGGAGGAUUAUAAGAUUACCGACCUCCCUUUGCCCCUAGUCUAAAAUCUCCCUGAGGAUUACUCACGCUUCCUUUUUUCACGUCGGAAUAUGGAAAUAAAUUAAUUGCAUACGUUCUCCAACAUAAUGAUUUGGGAUUUGUAACUUGAAUUCCUCUUUUGCUUUAAUAGCUAAAUAAAGGUUAUAAACAGCAAAA